UCUAAAGUGUAUAAUCUAAUUGCGUCCUCUAAGGUAAACAAUUUAUUUCUCCAUGUUCCAAUUGUAUUUUUAUUCAUUUUCGAUUGACAUAAUACUCUUUUCCUUAACUUUACAUUAUUUGGAUUAAAACUGUCUGUACUUUUAUUCCUAUACUUUGUUUAGAAAAUCACCGGUAUUCUUGUUUUGUUCACUUUUUUUCCUUUUUUUCAAUGAUGUAAAUACCAUGAAGUUAGCCACUAGACAACAUGCACAACGUCAGGGUUGGGUAGCUAACACAAAUAUCUCAGGGAUGGGCAUAAACAUUUUUUUAAAGGGACUUUCAACUACAGUAGCAGACGACAUAUUUAUCAGGUGGAAUGAGAGAAGCAGUUGUUUUUUUUUGUAUUCUAAUAAUAAAAAUCCUCUUUUUUUGUAUUAUUAUGACUGAAUAAUAAUCAUUUUCAAAUGUCAUAAUGGACCAUUUAAUUAUAUUAGUGGCAAUUCUACAUUUAUUUUAUUCUCCAUUUACAAAAGUCGAGGAAAGUUUUAAUCUUCAAGCAAUUCACGAUCUUCUUUAUCACGCUUCUAACCUAAGUGAGUAUGAUCAUCAUGAAUUUCCGGGAGUCGUGCCCAGAACAUUUUUGGGACCAAUUGCAAUUUCAAGUUUAGCCGCACCUGCAGUUGCUGCCGUUAAACAUUUUAAUAUAAAUAAAUUUUAUUCCCAAUAUAUUGUGAGAGCUGUACUGGGUUUAACUAUAAUAGUGACUCUGAGUCUUUAUCGAAGAGCAUUGCAAUCAAUUUUUGGCGUUAAAUUUGUAAAAUGGUUUGUCGGAAUUACCGUCACUCAGUUUCAUUUUUUAUAUUAUCUCAGUCGACCAUUGCCGAAUAUUAUGGCAAUGCCUUUAGUUCUACUUGCUCUUUAUGGAUGGAUGAGGCGAAAUCAUGUUCUCUUCAUCAUUUCUUCGGCUGCCGUUAUAAUUAUUUUUCGCGCCGAAUUAGCCAUGCUAUUGGGAAUGUUUCUCUUUUACGAUAUUGCCAAUUCAAAAAUUACAAUUCAUAGAUUAUUAAAAAUUGCAGUGCCUUCUGGAAUAUUUUUUCUCUCACUAACAAUAAUUGUGGAUUCAUUUUUUUGGAAACGAAUCGUAUGGCCGGAGGGAGAAGUUUUCUACUUUAAUACAAUUUUGAACAAAAGUAGCGAAUGGGGCACUUCGCCAUUUUUAUGGUACUUUUAUUCGGCUCUACCACGAGGAUUGGCACUUUCCUAUUUUCUAAUUCCACUGGGAAUUUUGUGGGACUCACGAGUUCGAGCCCUCACCAUUCCUGGCAUAACAUUCGUUAUUUUAUUCUCAUUUCUCCCUCACAAAGAACUACGAUUUAUCAUCUAUGUGUUUCCAUUAUUAAAUGUCGGUGCCGCUGCUGCUUGUCACCGUAUUUGGGAAAAUCGAGAAAAAUCAUUUUUUAAUGGACUAUUGGCUCUGGCGAUUCUAGGACAUUUGGUGUUAAAUGCAACAUUUUCAAUGUUUCUUCUCUGCGUCGCCGGUGCUAAUUAUCCCGGCGGAAUGGCAAUCGCUCGUCUCCAUAGAAUCGAAAAAGAGAGAAUUGAACCAGUUUAUGUUCAUAUCGAUGUUUUUUCCGCACAAACCGGAAUCUCACGAUUCACACAAACAAAUCCCAAGUGGAUUUACUCGAAGGAGGAAAAUUUAACCAUCGACAGUCCGGAAGUGUUGAAAUUCACUCAUUUAUUGAUGGAGGCAAAAAGUAAAUAUUCACCAAACAUAAAAUCCUAUUUGAAAACGCACGAAAUUCUCGAUUCUGUUGAUGGAUUUUCUCACAUUGCAUUAAAUUACAAUUCAUUACCGCCAAUACAAAUUAAUACAAAACCAGCAAUUUAUCUCAUGCGACGGAAAUCAAGUGAAAUGUACAAUUCAUUGAAUACACGAUCAAAGCGUUCAAUUCAAAGAAAUUCCAAUGAAAUCGAAUUUUUAAAUUCAGACGAAAAUUUACAAAAUAUAAAACCAAUAUUUCACGAUAUCGUUGGAUCAUUAAGAGAAAUUGGUACGGAAAAUGAUUUAUUCACUGGUGAAAAUUUUCCAUACAUUGAAAAUUCCCUGGAAAAUUUUAAUUCCAAUGAGCAAUUUUCCUCCGAAUUAUUAAAUAUCAAGGAAUUUAUCGAAAAAUACGAAAUGGAGAAUAAUUUUCUUCACGAUGAAUUGGAAAAAAAUGGAGAAUUUCAAAUUAAUGAUGUAAAUAAUGAAAAUAAUGAAAAUAAUAAUUCUAAAGAAUAUGUUAAUAAAGGAAAAUUAAACGACGAUGAGAAUAGUGAACAAAUCGAAUCAACUUCCGCGGAAAAUGGUCCGAAAAAACAUUUGAAAAUCAAAUCAAGGGAGAAAAGUGAGAAACAAAAAUCGGGAAGUAUUAAGGAAGCGGUGAAGAAAAUUAUUCAGGAAAAAAUGGAAUUGAGGGCGAAAAAGGAAAAUUUACAGCAACAGAAGGAAAAAAAUCAAUUGGCAAGAAAUCAAAAACAAUUUGAUAAUGAAGACAAUUAUUUGGAAAGAGAAAAUGAAAGCAACGAUGAAGAAAAUCAAUUUUCCAGGGAAAAAUCUUAUUUCAAUGAUGAUGAAGAGGAAGAAGAAGAAGAAGAAGAAGAAGAAGAAGAAGAAGAAGAAGAAGAAGAAGAAGAAGAAGAAGAGGAAAAUUAUUUUCUUGAGGAAAAAAAUCAGUUUGAAAAGGGAAAAAAUUAUUUUCCCAACAAACAAAACUUGGACUCAAGAGAAAAUCGAUUUUUAAAAGAAAAAAAUUAUCUUCACGAUAGAAAUCAAAUUGACGCCGAGGAAAAAGUGUUUUUGAAGGAAAAAAGUUAUUUUCCCAAUGAAAAAAGGAAUUUUGCAAGAGAGAAUAAUUUUGACCAAGAGGAAAAUAAUUUUUCUAAGAAAAAUAAAUUAGAAGCUGAAGAAAAUCAUUUUUUGAAAGAAAACAAUAAGAUUGCAAAAGAAAAUAAUUAUUUCGAUAACGAAAUUAAAUCGGAAUCUCAAGAAAAUCAAUUUCCGAAAGAAAAAGUGAGUUUUACAAAAGAAACUUUUCCCAAAGAAAUUAAAUUUGUCAAAGAAAAUAAAUUUGCAAUAGAAAAUAAUUAUUUCGAUAGCGAAAAUAAAUUUGAAUCUCAAGAAAAUCUUUUUUUAAAAGAAAAAACCUCUUUUAAUGCCAAAAAAAAUCAUUACCUCGAUAAGGAAAAAAUCGAAUUUAAUAAUCAAAAUAAUCAAUUAAACGAGAAAAGAAAUAAAGAAAUAAAUCUUUCAAAUCGAAAAAAAUUAUCAAACAUAAAAGAGAGUAUACAAAAAAUAAUCCAACAAUUCAAAGAAUUCGAGGAAAAUUUCAUCAUCGAUGAAAACACCGACUACGAUAACAAUGAAGAAUCUAAUGAAAAAAUAAAAGAUCUUAAAAAGAAAUCUUCAGAACAAGAAAUUUUCACAAAAAAUUCAAUUGAGAGUAAUGAAAAUAUUUUUGAUUCUAAAGAUUUAAAGAAUGCUCGCGAAACUUUAGGUGAAAUAAUGAAUCAAUUUAAAAUACUUAGAAGUGAAUUAUUAAGCAACGAUGAGGACAAUGAAUUUGAUGAAAUUGCUAAUAAUUAUUUGACACAAUCAAUUGCCGAGACUCUAAUGCAUUUUAAUGAGGCAUUAAAAAAUUUAGUGCAACGGCGAAAAAUUCAGGAAAACAAAUUAAUUCAGAGUGAAUUGAGUGAAAAAAAUACGAGAAAAACAUUUAAUAGUAAUGUAGAAAAGAGAAGAAUAAAUACUAGAAGUAAUGAAAUUAUUCACGAGCAUAAAAGCGAAAGGGAAAUUUGGAGAAAUAGAAAAUUGUGAGUGAGUGAUUUUUUUUUCCUUUUUUCUUUUCGAAUGUGGAAAAAAAUGUAAAAUGCACUUUUUUUAAUGAAAAAUGUAAUUUAAAAUUUUGUAGAAUUUCCAAAUUUUA